GUACUGAAAUCAUUCUCAGGACGUUAAAGAAGCGAAAAGGUUGCGUUGUUUUUCGCUGUCGUGGAAAAGAGGAAAACGGUUUUUUUUUCAUUUGCGUUUUUAUUCCCCGUUGGUCCGCGCUGGCCAGGCAGAUUAACAUUUCGGUGUACAGGUGAAACUGUAGUGAAUUAGCCGUUAGGUCAAAGUGUUAAUCAAAACGAACUUCCAUUCCAGAUGGUAGAAAAAUAGCAUUACUUGUGGUAGUCGAGUUCCGUGUGAAAAGUGCUUGUUUUUCUACGCUUCCGUCGUUCGUCUCCUUUGUCUUUACAAUCCACCCGACCCCCCUCACUCAUACACUGGCUGAUGGUGUUGCGUGUACGGGCCUCAAAGUCGUAGAAAAGAAACAUCAUCGCGAUAAAAUUGCAUCGGAAUAAAAAAAAAUCGGAGUUUUUAACGUUAACUGCCGUCAUCUGUGUACGUGUACGUGGUCAGUGGUGUUAAUUUCCCAACUAGAAACGGAACAUUCUUGCAAUGUCGGAGGAAAAAGUCAACCCGGCGGAGACCUCGGAAGAGCUCGAGGCUGGAUUUUUCAGCAAUGUCGUCAAUGAGAUCAUGUACAGCCCACUGAAUCUGGUUCUGGUGGGUGUGAUCACAUUUCUGCUGUACAAAAUUUUCCGUAGCAGACAGCAACCGGUCGCCCCGCCACCCGAACCAGAACUGCCCCGUCUUCGGAAAGAUUUCACGGUGGCCGAGCUGAAGCAAUUCGACGGUACCCAGGCGGACGGACGGGUACUUGUUGCCGUCAAUGGCAACGUGUAUGAUGUAACCAAGGGAAAGCGCUUCUACGGACCGGGUGGUCCAUACGCUGCGUUCGGAGGCCGCGAUGCAUCUCGUGGACUAGCGACCUUCUCGGUGACCAGCAACGAGAAAGAAGAAUACGACGACCUGAGCGAUCUCAGUCCAAUGGAAAUGGAAUCCGUGCGUGAAUGGGAAAUGCAAUUCAAAGAAAAAUACAUUCUGGUUGGACGUUUGCUGAAACCGGGUGAACAGCCAACCAACUAUUCCGACGAAGAUGAAGAUACCCCGAAUGAAUCCACUCCAUCGGUGGCGGAACCGACGACGAAGACGGCGUCGACGACGGCAGACACAGCCACCGGUGAUAACAAGUCUAGUAAGCCUGCCGAUGUAGCACCACCAGCAGCACCUCCAUCACCAAAGCCGGAAAGUAAAACCAGUGAGGACCCAUCCAAGGUGGAGGACGUGAAAUCCGGUGGUGAUGCGAAGUCGAAGGACGAGUGACGCCCUAAUGGCAACAGCAACAGAUGUAGUAAUAGUGUCAUCACCAACAAUAGCAGCAACAGCAGCAGCAGCAAUAGCAGCAAAAACAGUUACGACAACCACAACAACUACGGUAGCGACGACAGUGGUAGGCUCGAUAAACUGCCGGAAGAAGCACAACAAUUAACGCCGACAACGACGACGAAGACGAUGGUCUGCCGGGACAUUGACGACAACGCCGACGACGAUGACGAGAACGAGGACGAUGAUAAGAGAAGGAUAUAUGAUCAGCAUAGCAUUUGCGAUAUGUUUGGAUUUUAACACUGGCAUGCUGACGGAGGAGGAGGGAGCAAGCGAAUCGAAAUAGGGCUAAUUUUUACUCGGGAGGAAACAUUUUCACCUACACAAUCAACCUACAGCUUAGCACUGAGCGUAUUCAUUCUGUGGCAUGUUUAUGUAAAUGCAAUUGUUACUAGUUUUUAUAUUCGAUGUGUUCCGAGGAACGUUGAUGGUUAAAUGUACUAAAUAGCGGAGAUGAAUGAGGGCUGAAAUCGGUUCGGCCUACGUUGAAAACUAACAGUUUUUUUUAAAUGUUUGCAACAAGCCAUUUCCGAUUCUUAUUUUCAAUCGUGUUUUAAACAAAAUUUAACUCUCAGAUAUUUUUUCAUGCAUUGGUGGCCCGGACCAAAGAAGUAACACAUUGGUAUAACAUUCAUUGGUAUAAACCUUUUCAUCAUGAUGCAGAAUGUACCUGAUUCAGAAGUAAUCCCCUCCACAAAUGUGCUUGUUAUUGUUUUUUACCAGUGGCAGUAUUUUCUAAUGAUGUUUCCAUUCCUACUAAAAAUGCUUCACUUUCGAGAACCCCCUUUCCGUUGAUUUCACCAAAAUUCCAUACACAUCUUACGAAACAAGUUUUGCUUGUAUCGAUCCCAGUCUACUCGUCCAGUACUUAUCUUUAAUCCAGUCUGGUAAAUUGUUGCCUCCCUCAUGCAUAUUAUCGGUUAAGUAAUUGAAGAACCAAAAACAGAAAAAAAAAACUCAUGCUACUAUCAACUAAGAGAAAGCAAAUCAAUAAAUGUGUCUUGCAGUACUAUGCCAUUAUAUUUCCCGACAAGCGCGCGCGGACUCAUACGAAUGGAGCACACCUUCAAACACACCCACACACCCACAUCCAAAAGUAUGAUUAAAAGGUGGAGCAUCCUGAUCCUAAUCGUUAGCAAAAAACUUGACGUUUACCCGUCGUACGAGAUGUAGGAGAUGUUCUCUCCGGAGUUUGAAAAAAAAACAAAAAUACAGAUGACUACUAUUUACAACAAACUAGAACUAAUCCUACGAUACCAACAAUACCUGCAGAGCUCUGGAAGAACACAGGAAAAAAAUAAAACGUUUUGUCUACGGACACUGGCAUCCAAUACGACGGCGAAAACUCGAUCGGCAUGCAUUAUUAUCCCAUACCUACGUAUCUACAUUUGUUGCUUUGUUGCAUUGCAAGUCGUAAUCGGAAAUCGGUUAUUUAUUUCAUCAGAAAUUUGGCUAAGACUAAAUUUUAUGCAUUGAAAAAAAAGAAAGAAAUGUGUUGUCGCUUAACCUAACCAACGUCAGAUUCCAAAAAAAAAAAUAAAGUCAGGUCAAAUAGUUUAUUGUUUGUGCAUUCUAACUCUAACGUGUUAAACUAAUCGAAAUUGAACAAAUUCGGAGGAUUGCAAAACUAAAUACUACCUUGCAGAGAUAAGGGAAGGCUCUAAUGUGGUUUAGGAAUAGCUAAGUUUUAAGGAUGUCAUUUGCCGUUUUAAAAUGGUUCUAGUGUAUAACUUUAGGCAGCGCUGGUUUAUUUUUAUAAUAUAAGAAAACAAAAUGCAGAAAAAAGAAACUUGAUUGCUACUACAGAUCCCCCCCACAAACUCGGCUCCGGAAUAUUCUGCAAAUGGAGGCCAGAAAUGUUUCAUAUAUAGAGCAAAGUAAAAAAAAUGAAUAUACGUAGCCCCAUUUGUCGUGUGAUUUAGUACCAGGACAAGGGAAUUAAGUGUACUGAA